AUCGUGCGUUCGGCGGUCUACUGACGUAAUCUACUCAGUCCCCCGUUGCAGUUUUUGUGCUUUCCAUGACAUUUUCUAAUGAGUCAGGGCUGGCGAGGAGGAUGGAGUGGGGGAAGAGGAGGCAACCCAUAUGCAGGAGGUUGGAGAGGUCGGCCAUGGAGAGGAAGGGGCCAGGGUGGAUCCUGGAGCAGAAAUAGUGGAAGAGAUCCUGUUUGUUUUUCAACUGCUCCCCCUAAGCCUCAGCUAACACAGACUACACUAGAUAAAUACAUUCCCUACAAAGGCUGGAAGCUUUAUUUUUCUGAAGCUUACAGCGACAGCUCCCCAUUUUUGGAAAAGGUUCGUGCCUUUGAGAAGUUUUUUACCAAACAAAUUGAACUUUAUGACAAGGAUGAAAUAGAAAGGAAAGGAAGUAUUCUUGUGGAUUACAAAGACCUCCUGCAAGAUGAAGACCUUUCUGCAUCCAUCCCAAUGUCCUCAGAGCUUAAAGAGAUGCCUGAGAAAAUCCUGGAGUGCAUGGGUCUAGCUAUACAUCAGGUGUUAACUAAAGAUCUUGAGAGGCAUGCAGCAGAACUGCAGGAGCAGGAGGGCCUGAGGACAGAGGAAGCACCUAUAGUUAAUGUGCCCUUUAUUCAUGCCAGGGUGUUUAAUUAUGAUCCACUGACACCUCUAAAGAAUCUCAGGGCAAGUUUGUACGGCAAAUAUGUUGCUUUGCGUGGAACAGUUGUUCGUGUCAGUAACAUCAAGCCGUUGUGCGUUAAAAUGGCUUUUUCCUGCAACAUGUGUGGUGACAUUCAGAGUUUUCCUUUUCCUGAUGGAAAGUAUGCUGUGCCUACAAAGUGCCCUGUGCCAGAAUGUCGGGGGCGCUCAUUUACUGCAAACAGAAGUUCCCCUUUAACAGUAACUGUGGACUGGCAAACCAUCAAAGUCCAGGAGCUAAUGUCAGAUGAUCAGCGAGAGGCAGGUCGAAUUCCAAGAACAGUUGAGUGUGAACUAAUUCAGGAUCUGGUAGACAGCUGUGUUCCUGGCGACAUGGUGACUGUAACAGGCAUUGUCAAAGUAUCAAAUACAAGAGACGGUGGCUUUAAGAACAAAAAUAACAAAUGCAUGUUCCUUCUCUAUAUCGAGGCAAAUUCUGUCAGUAACAGCAAAGGACAUAAAAUCAAAAGUACAGAUGACAGCGAGAGUCAUGGAGCCUCUAUGGAUUUUUCUCUGAAAGACCUCUAUGCUAUUCAGGAAAUUCAAGCCCAAGAAAAUCUGUUUCAAUUAAUAGUCAACUCACUUUGCCCUACAAUAUAUGGACAUGAGUUAGUCAAAGCGGGCCUGUCACUAGCACUUUUUGGGGGCUGCCAGAAGUAUGCAGAUGAUAAAAACAGGAUUCCCAUCCGAGGAGAUCCCCAUAUACUUGUGGUAGGAGAUCCUGGUUUGGGGAAGAGUCAGAUGCUACAGGCCGUGUGCAAUGUAGCUCCUCGUGGAGUUUAUGUUUGUGGAAACACUACCACCACCUCCGGACUGACCGUGACUUUAUCCAGAGACAGCGCAACUGGAGAUUUUGGCUUGGAAGCUGGGGCACUCAUUCUUGGAGAUCAAGGUAUAUGUGGAAUAGAUGAGUUUGAUAAGAUGGGCAACCAGCACCAGGCGUUACUGGAAGCAAUGGAACAGCAAAGCAUUAGUUUGGCUAAAGCUGGCAUUGUCUGCAGCUUGCCAGCCAGGACAUCUAUCAUUGCCGCUGCAAACCCUGUAGGGGGACACUAUAACAAAGGAAAAACCGUUUCUGAAAAUUUAAAAAUGGGGAGUGCCUUACUUUCUCGUUUUGACUUAGUGUUCAUCCUUCUUGAUACCCCGAAUGAAGACCAUGAUCACUUGCUUUCAGAGCAUGUGAUGGCUAUGAGAGCCGGGGCUAAGGAAAUGCAGAGUGCGGAUCUGACGUGUCCAACUACACAGAACUCCAACACCUCUGUUCUAGAGGAGCCCUCUGAAAGGCCCUUAGGAGAAAGACUAAAGCUGAGGCCUGGGGAACACUUUGAUCCUAUACCACACCAGCUGUUAAGAAAAUAUGUUGGAUACGCUCGGCAAUAUGUCCACCCAACUCUGUCUCCAGAUGCAGCCCAGGUUCUUCAGGACUUCUAUCUUGAAUUAAGAAAACAAAACCAAGGCAUAGAUAGUACUCCCAUUACCACAAGGCAGCUGGAGUCUCUUAUCAGACUGACAGAGGCACGGGCGAGACUGGAAUUAAGAGAGAAGGCUACUAAAGAUGAUGCUGAAGAAGUUGUUCAGAUAAUGAAGUACAGCCUGCUGGGCACGUUCUCUGAUGAGUUUGGAAAGCUGGACUUCCAUCGAUCUCAGCAUGGUUCAGGAAUGAGUAAUCGGUCGAAAGCGAAAAAGUUCAUAUCUGCUCUGAAUAGGAUUGCCGAACAAACGUACAACAAUCUAUUUGAGUUUCAGCAACUUCGCCAAAUUGCCAAAGAGCUACAAAUCCAGUUGCUGGGUAAAUUCAACCAUAGUGACAAGAUGGCUACUGAAAUUCCAAACUUGAGAGCUGCUCCAGGAAACCAACUAAGGCCUAAGGGAAGCGUUUCAGUGCUCAUCACCACAUGGGACUGUGCAUAAUAGGAAUCUGGACAAGCUGAAUAUCACUAAAUCGUUAUAUGUUUAUUUGGCUGAACUGCUCUGAUCCAUUUGUUAAUCU